AUGUCGUUGUCCCUAGUGUCCACGCCAUUCGCCGCCGCGGUGCAGAAGCAGCUCCUGGCGGCGCCCGUGCCGCUGCACUCGUUCCUCCUGAGCAGCCGGCGCCAGCCGCCGCGCCGUGCCGGCGCCGGCGCCAUCCGGUGCGCGGUCGCCGGCGGCAACGGCCUGUUCACGCAGACCAAGCCCGAGGUGCGGCGCGUGGUGCCGACCGACCCGCGGGGCCUGCCGCGGGUCAAGGUCGUCUACGUCGUGCUGGAGGCGCAGUACCAGUCGUCCAUCACGGCCGCCGUGCAGCAGCUCAACGCCGACCCGCGCCGCGCCGCGGCGUUCGAGGUCGUGGGAUACCUCGUCGAGGAGCUCCGCGACGAGGACACCUACGCCACCUUCUGCGCCGACCUCGCCGACGCCAACGUCUUCAUCGGCUCCCUCAUCUUCGUCGAGGAGCUGGCGCUCAAGGUCAAGGCCGCCGUCGAGAAGGAGCGCGACCGCAUGGACGCCGUCCUCGUCUUCCCCUCCAUGCCCGAGGUCAUGCGCCUCAACAAGCUCGGCUCCUUCAGCAUGUCGCAGCUGGGGCAGUCCAAGAGCCCCUUCUUCCAGCUCUUCAAGCGCAACAAGUCCAACUCCAGCAACUUCGCCGACAGCAUGCUCAAGCUCGUGCGCACGCUGCCCAAGGUGCUCAAGUACCUGCCCUCCGACAAGGCGCAGGACGCCAGGCGCUACAUCCUCAGCCUCCAGUUCUGGCUCGGCGGCUCGCCGGACAACCUCCAGAACUUCCUCAAGAUGAUCGCUGGCUCCUACGUGCCGGCGCUCAGGGCGCGCCGGCAUCAAGAGUACCUCAACUGGUACGGCACGCGCCGGGACGCCAACGACAAGCUCAAGGACCCCAAUGCGCCCGUCAUCGGCCUCGUCCUGCAGAGGAGCCACAUUGUCACCGGCGACGACGGGCACUAUGUCGCCGUCAUCAUGGAGCUCGAGGCCAGGGGCGCCAAGGUCAUACCCAUCUUCGCCGGCGGCCUCGACUUCUCCGGGCCCACCCAGCGCUACCUGGUCGACCCAGUCACCGGCAAGCCGUUCGUGAACGCCGUGGUGUCUCUCACCGGGUUCGCGCUCACCACGGAGGAGUGGCUCAACAGCACCUUGGGGCUUCACCCCAUUCAGGUGGCGCUGCAGGUGGCGCUGCCGGAGCUCGACGGGAAAUCACAUGCAUUGCACAAGAGAGUGGAGCAGCUCUGCACUAGAGCCAUCAGAUGGGCACAACUGAAGAGGAAAACUAAGGAGGAGAAGAAACUGGCAAUCACUGUUUUCAGUUUCCCACCUGACAAGGGCAACGUGGGGACUGCAGCAUAUCUGAAUGUGUUCAACUCCAUCUACUCUGUGCUGUCAGACCUCAAGAAGGACGGCUACAACGUUGAGGGUCUCCCAGACACACCUGAAGCCCUCAUCGAGGAGGUGAUCCAUGACAAGGAGGCUCAAUUCAACAGCCCCAACCUGAAUGUGGUUUACCGGAUGAAUGUGCGGGAGUACCAGGCACUCACCUCCUAUGCCUCCUUGCUGGAGGAGAACUGGGGAAGCCACCUGGGCACCUCAACUCUGAUGGCGAGAACCUCCUUGUCUAUGGGAAGCAGUAUGGCAAUGUCUUCAUCGGAGUGCAGCCCACUUUCGGCAUACUACACCUUUGUUGAGAAGAUCUUCCAGGCCGAUGCUGUUCUGCACUUUGGAACACACGGGUCCCUGGAGUUCAUGCCUGGCAAGCAGGUUGGGAUGAGUGAUGCUUGCUACCCUGACAGUCUCAUUGGCAACAUCCCCAACAUCUACUACUAUGCUGCAAACAACCCAUCAGAGGCCACAGUUGCCAAACGCCGGAGCUAUGCAAUUACCAUCAGCUACCUGACCCCGCCGGCUGAGAAUGCCGGUCUCUACAAGGGGCUCAAGCAGCUGUCAGAGCUCAUCUCCUCUUACCAGUCUCUCAAGGACACCGGGCGUGGUACUCAGAUUGUGAGCUCAAUCAUCAGCACCGCAAAGCAGUGCAACCUUGACAAGGAUGUCCCACUGCCCGAGGAAGGGGAGGAGCUCCCACCAAAUGAACGUGACCUGGUCGUUGGAAAGGUGUACGCCAAGAUCAUGGAGAUAGAGUCACGGCUCCUUCCCUGUGGUCUACAUGUGAUCGGCGAGCCACCGAGCGCCAUCGAGGCUGUGGCCACACUGGUGAACAUAGCUGCCCUUGACCGCCCGGAGGAUGGCAUAACCUCACUGCCCGGCAUACUUGCUGCCACAGUGGGCAGGGAGAUUGAAGAUGUGUACAGGGGAAGUGACAAGGGCAUACUGGCUGACGUCGAGCUUUUGAGGCAGAUAACUGAAGCUUCGCGUGGCGCCAUCACCGCCUUUGUUGAGAAGACCACAAACAGCAAAGGGCAAGUCGUCAAUGUUGCCAACAACCUCAGUAACAUACUUGGUUUCGGUCUGUCGGAACCAUGGGUGCAGUACCUGUCCACGACCAAGUUCAUCAGGGCAGACAGAGAGAAGCUGAGGGUUCUGUUUGGAUUCCUGGGUGAGUGCUUGAAGCUCGUCGUGCAAGACAAUGAGCUGGGCAGCUUGAAGCUCGCCCUCGACGGAAGCUAUGUGGAGCCUGGCCCUGGCGGUGACCCGAUCCGGAAUCCGAAGGUGCUCCCGACAGGGAAGAACAUCCAUGCUCUUGACCCACAGUCCAUCCCAACCACAGCUGCCAUGAAGAGCGCCAAGAUCGUCGUCGACCGUCUCCUGGAGAGGCAGAAGGCCGACAAUGGCGGCAAGUACCCUGAGACAGUUGCACUUGUCUUGUGGGGCACCGACAACAUCAAGACCUAUGGCGAGUCAUUGGCCCAGGUGCUGUGGAUGAUUGGUGUCCGGCCAGUUGCUGACACCUUCGGCCGUGUCAACCGUGUGGAGCCUGUCAGCCUCGAGGAGCUUGGACGUCCAAGGAUUGACGUCGUCGUCAAUUGCUCGGGUGUCUUCAGAGACCUUUUCAUCAACCAGAUGAACCUGCUGGACCGGGCGGUGAAGAUGGUCGCCGAACUGGACGAGCCAGCAGAGAUGAACUACGUGCGCAAGCAUGCGCAGGAGCAGGCAGAGGAGCUCGGCGUCUCGCUGAGAGAGGCGGCAACAAGGGUGUUCUCGAACGCAUCAGGCUCCUACUCGUCCAACGUGAACCUGGCGGUGGAGAACGCGUCAUGGACCGACGAGAAGCAGCUCCAGGACAUGUACCUGAGCCGCAAGUCGUUCGCGUUCGACAGCGACGCUCCGGGGGCAGACAUGAAGGAGAAGCGCAAGGCGUUCGAGCUCGCUCUGGCGACGGCGGACGCCACGUUCCAGAACCUCGACUCGUCGGAGAUCUCGCUGACGGACGUGAGCCACUACUUCGACUCGGACCCGACGAAGCUCGUGCAGGGCCUGCGCAAGGACGGCCGGGCGCCGUCAUCGUACAUAGCCGACACCACCACGGCGAACGCCCAGGUGAGGACGCUGUCGGAGACGGUGCGCCUCGACGCGAGGACCAAGCUGCUGAACCCCAAGUGGUACGAGGGGAUGAUGAAGAGCGGGUACGAGGGGGUCAGGGAGAUCGAGAAGCGGCUCACCAAUACCGUUGGAUGGAGUGCGACGUCUGGGCAGGUCGACAACUGGGUCUACGAGGAGGCCAACUCCACGUUCAUCGAAGACGAGGCGAUGAGGAAGAGGCUCAUGGAGACCAACCCCAAUUCGUUCAGGAAGCUGGUGCAGACCUUCUUGGAAGCCAGUGGCAGAGGCUACUGGGAGACAUCGGAGGAGAGCCUGGACAGGCUCCGGGAGCUCUACUCGGAGGUUGAAGACAAGAUUGAGGGGAUUGACAGGUAA